CAGCGAGUCCUUCUCUUUUAACACUUGUUCUAUUCAUCAAUAAUAACCCAAUAAAAGGUUGAGCGAGCGAGAGAGAUCUGAAGAAGAGUUUCUUAUCUUCGAGAGAUCUGUAUUCUCGUAAAUCAAAUCUCUCAUCGAACUCAGCAAAAAUGGAGACCUUCCUAUUCACAUCCGAGUCUGUGAACGAGGGACACCCUGACAAGCUCUGUGACCAGAUCUCUGAUGCCGUCCUCGAUGCCUGCCUUGAACAAGACCCUGACAGCAAAGUUGCUUGUGAGACUUGCUCCAAGACCAACAUGGUCAUGGUCUUUGGCGAGAUCACCACCAAGGCCAAAGUUGACUACGAGAAGAUCGUCCGUGACACCUGCCGCGCCAUUGGGUUUGUCUCUGAUGAUGUCGGUCUUGAUGCUGACAAAUGCAAAGUCCUUGUGAACAUCGAACAACAGAGCCCUGACAUUGCCCAAGGAGUUCACGGUCACUUCACCAAACGUCCGGAAGAUAUUGGUGCCGGUGACCAAGGCCACAUGUUUGGUUAUGCCACUGAUGAAACCCCUGAGUUAAUGCCGCUUACUCAUGUUCUCGCCACCAAGCUCGGUGCUCGCCUAACCGAAGUCAGAAAGAACGGUACUUGCGCCUGGCUAAGACCCGAUGGUAAAACCCAAGUCAGUGUUGAGUACUACGACGAUAACGGUGCCAUGGUCCCAAUCCGUGUGCACACAGUCCUCAUCUCUACCCAACACGAUGAAACUGUUACCAACGACGAAAUCGCACGUGACCUUAAGGAACAUGUCAUCAAGCCAGUCAUCCCAGAGAAGUACCUAGACGAGAAAACCAUAUUCCACUUAAACCCAUCAGGCAGAUUCGUCAUUGGUGGGCCUCAUGGAGACGCUGGUCUCACAGGGCGCAAGAUCAUCAUAGACACUUACGGUGGAUGGGGAGCUCACGGAGGUGGUGCUUUCUCAGGGAAAGACCCAACCAAGGUCGACAGAAGCGGAGCCUACAUUGUGAGACAAGCAGCUAAGAGCGUUGUGGCUAACGGAAUGGCUCGUAGGGCACUUGUUCAAGUCUCAUACGCCAUUGGAGUCCCUGAGCCAUUGUCUGUCUUUGUUGACACUUACAAGACUGGGUUGAUUCCAGACAAAGAGAUACUCAAGAUUGUGAAGGAGAGCUUCCAUUUCAGACCGGGUAUGAUGACGCAAACCUCAAGCUUAACUUUUACUCUAUUUUCAUCCGGCAAACCAAUUCUCUGCUCUCCUUUUUUCUUUCUCUCUGUUUUGUGUGUUUGGUUUAUGUAUACUUUGUAUUUGAGCUAUUUGAAUUGGGUGUUCGUUGUUAUGUCAUGGGUUGCAGUAAGUUUCGUGUGAUCGAUUCGUAUAUUGAUUAUACAUAGUUCAUAUGAGUUGUCAUCUUGUGAUUGUAAUAUUAUAUAAGAAAAGUUAAUAUGAACUAAGUUUCUUGUGAUGU